AAACCCUAUUCAUGCCAUUAAAAUGCAAUUCAAUUCACAAAAUCGGUAAACAACAAUUUGUCUGAUUGUGCCAUUUUAACAUAAAUCAUAUAUCAACUUUUACGUUAGCCGGUACUUGAGGACAGCACAGUAUCUUUAGUUCGCCCUGGGUCAUAUUUUCUGAAUUUCUCAUAUCGGAACCUGCGGGAUCAUCUGUUGGGAUUUUCGACGACACACAAUGCAGUAUCUUAAACAAAAACUUGACACCCAGAAUCAUUCCGAAGAAUGCGUUAUUUUUGUUUCAAAUUUGAAGUUUAUUAUAUUUUAUUUUCUUGUGUAUUCUGCUGUUGAAGUGUCUUUGAAGCAUCGGAAUGUAGAACCCGAAAGCGAUGAGCUUUUCAGAAACUUGCGCACUAUUUAUUAACAUAUUUAUCUGUUCUUUUAGACAACGCAGAUAGUUGCUCAAUACAGUGUGUUAUCUUUUUGAAACACGACGAAAUAUUAACAAGCAACCUCAGAGGACAAAUGAAAAUUUGGGACACGAGAUCUGAGAGCAAUAAACCAGCAAAUACAUUGAUGCUAAGUGGUGAUCAAGUCACUCCUACAUAUUUAACGUUCCAUCCUACACAGCGCCAUAUAAUAAUUGCAGGCGAUGAGCUGGGAGCUCUAACAACAUGGGAUCUUCGCCAACAAACAUUUCCAGUAAAUGCUUUAAAUGCUUUAAAUGCUCAUGAAGGAGCCAUUACGGAAAUACAGUUCCAUCCGGACAACCCUGACCAUCUAUUUAGUUGUUCUACUACCGGAGAACUUUGGCAUUGGUCGACUAAAACAAGAUACACUCUUGGAUUUGCCAGUGAGGAAACAAACGUCUGGCUUGCCCCAGAAAAUGUGAAGAGCAAAAUGGAGGUUUUAACAUUGAUGCCCACUUUGGGGAAACCAAUUAACAGUUUGGAUGUAAGCAAGAACAAAGUAAUUUGCGGUUGUGAUAAUGAAGCUAUUUAUUUAGUUAAUGGAAUCGCUUUGUAGUUUCGAUAUAGGUUUGUUUUAAUUCUAACUGAAAAUUAAUAUUACUGGUAUUAAUAUACUGAAUGAAAUUGUGAGUUAA